AUGGCACGUACGGACGUGUGCUUUUCGCUCCAAUAAUGACAUCUAUAUUAAGAAUAUUCUGUACUGUAACUUUUGCUUAACGAAGAACAAACUGAAAUGGUUAGGGGCGCUAGAAGACUUGAAAGCAUUUGUGUUAACGGAGAUUGACGAAGAUAAACAGCAGAAAACACGAACUGGUGAUCUCCCAGCGGCGGAUGCUGGAAAUUUGAAAGUGAGUUACUAUAAUAUUGGUUCAGAUAUUGCCAAAAAUAUCGAUAAUGGUGACAGAAAUUUUGAUAUGAUCGUUUUGGAAGCCGAGAUAUUUAACUUUAACCUCGCCUGUUCCCAACAGAAAAUUUAUUAAUAACGCUUCCUGUAAUGUGUAAUCAGAGCAAAUUUGAUCAAUCAAAUUACAUUCAAUACCGCUUAUUUGACUUAUCGUUUGACUAAUCAAUCGUUGGUUCAAUGUGCAACUAUUGAUCGACGUUUGCAUGCUGGAGUGUAAUAGAGUUUUGAUUGCGUGAUUGGAAGUGGAAGGAAGCGUUUUCGCGCUGGGAAAUAAUUUAAAAAGCUCAAGCCAAAUUUUUUUUAAAAUACCUUUUUUUUUACGUUAGUCGCUUGACUGAUCUGACAACCCCUAGAUCCGCCCCUGCACUGUUAUAAAUUGCAUUGUAUUUAUUAUUAAUAAUAGCUGUUGCCGACUUGUUAGCUAAAGCCUGGUUCUUCUCAUUAUUCGGCGAUGUUUUAUGAUCCAUUGUCUGUGAGCAACGAAGAAGAAAAUGCACAAACAUCAAUGACCACAGACAAUGGGCAUCGCGGCCAUCGCCAAUGUUUACGAUAAAUGAUAAUCAGGCUUAAAGCUACCGAUAAGUACAGGAGAGACGUAGUAACGUAAUAAAAACAUCAGUGACCCAAUCGAGGCUUGCAUAUAUGGGUUCAGAAGUAACUGCAUGAUUCAGACGCUGCAUAGCUCUGAUUAUGAUAGCAAUAUACAAUUCUCUGGUGUUCUGUAAGCAUUUACAUUCUACGCAUCAACGCAUUUUCACUGUUAGGAAGAGCUAGCCUAUCGUUGCUCUCCCUUUAUGGCCUCAAUUUCUGACCGUGACUGAUGCACCUUGCGUGACAGACAGUCAGCUCGACAUACAACACCUAGAUCUAUGUUGCAGUUUUCGCAACCGUUUCUGGUUACGUCGUAAAUUGUGUGUAUAUAUGCUCACUUGCAUGGAUUAUCCAUCAAACCAGUAUCAGAGGAGAGAGUAUAUAGUUCGCUUAUUUUCACAAAAUCAUUGCCUAAAUUGCUUUCAAGCAUUUCAACUUAUUUACUUUUAAAUUAAAUUAAAACUCCUUCUCUAUUCUUUAUUCCUUGUCAGAGAGUCGGUCUCCAUGGCCUUUCAUAGCUCCGCUUUAUCAAUAUCUAACGGAAAAUUAAUGCUUGAACAAUUUCCUUGCCCGGUAUUGUCCUCAUGGUUGCGACAAAUGGCUUAUUCUUGACGAGUGCUUAUCGCGUGAUAAACCAAACAGUGGAACUUCAAAGAGUACGUAUUAUUUUAACCAUUUUUUUAAACUUCUGCUACAAAGCGUAACGCUGCUAAUAACGCUGCUGCUCUAGAAAAUACCGCGCAUAUAUAUUCAUUACUGCAAAUCUUUUGAUUCAUUAUCAGGACCGUAGCGAAGAGGCCAAAGCAGGGGGGAGAUGUAGUAUCGUAUUUGCCGACAACAUUCAGCCGCUAAUUAAUAUUUUUCCCCAAAAAAUGGUUGGCGAGCGGGGGGGGGGGAUGGGGGAGGAAGAAGAGGUAAAAAAUUUUCCGGACAUACAAUUAUAGGCGUCAUAUAGGCUUUAUCAAAAGGUGGCUUUCGUCGUGCUACGGUACACCACACAUAGAGGGAUUUACAGAAGAGAGUCACAUUAGAAUUCGAUCUCAUUAGAAUCUCAUUACUUGCUCUCCAUCUGGCUUUCGUGAUAAAGCCUCUGGAAUUGUCGUUAAUUGCGACAUACUGGAACUGCAACACGCUCCACACUUAUCUCUUUAUCAUAAUAAUAGCGAGGGACAAUCUUUGACACAAUACUAGAAAGUUGUAUUUCAACGCUUUUCGUGUUCAAGCCAAUCUACACGAUACUGCUAGUCGUAUACGAUUCGUAUCCUAGCGUACGUACUCGAAUAAAUGCGUGUAAAGAUGUCACAUUUCAAAUUUCGCCAUAAAUUGAUCAACAGAACUAGUGGCGUUAGCAGGCGUUUUCAUACGCCAAAAUGUCAACCACAUACGGCUAGUCGUAUCGCAUAAAUCACAAAAAUGCGGCAGUCUUAUAUAAUACUAAAUAGGGGUACAAAGUACGUAGUUGCUAACCAAUUUUAAUUAAAGCGUGCAUGGUGAUGCAUGAGGGGAAAGUCAAGGGGCGUAACAAGUAACGCUUACACAAGUUAAGUGUGUUCCAGACACCGCAGGAUGUAGGCUGGACUAGUGUCGGUCUACCGCCCUUCCAGAACAAACAAUUUGCAUAGAGGUAUCAUAAAAGAGGGAUACAUAGUAUUUGAAGAUUACAGUUACCUCUGAAGGCAAGACUCGAAGACAACUGAAAACUCCAAGUAAGUGAAUUUAAUGCUAUAUAGUUUGCAACCUAUUAGUUUUUACUUGAUUAGGUAAAUGAAUAUGCUUUCAUGUACUGGAAUUGCACUAACUGUUGUCAAUAUUGUGUACAUGCCUUUUACCAUUUCUGUUAUCAAGGAAGGGUACGAUGACUUCAACUUCCAGCAAUUUGUUUCUCUUGGAGUUGAAGCUAACAAUUUCGAGAACAUUUAAGCGCAUCGAGGUUCUCAAAUGUGCGCGGAGACAUAUUACAGUAAACCAGUACAAGGCACACUAUAUAAUAUCGAAUUUUCCAGGUGAAAAUGAUGGUGUUCGUGCCAAAAUCUGCAAAUUAAAGUUAUUAUUUGUUCAGUUACGUGAGGAUUUUAGCUGUCGAGUUUUCGAGAUGUGCAGGUUAGCGUGCGUCAUUUGCAAAAGCGAGGGAGGGUCGCGCUCUUCUCAUCUUACAAAAUCUUCGAAAGGUGCCUGUUUAUUUGUUUUUUAACCGGGAACCACCCUGCAUGUACUGUAUCUUGCAAAAAGGUAGUCAGACACAAUCAUAAAUUGUGUAUUGAUAUCUUCCUCCAGCUGAUUACUGUCAAUGGAUUAUAUAGACCUCUAUAUGUUUGUAUAGAUUAUGUAUUGUAAAUGCUACAUACAUGGUGCAUAUAUUUCUCCGGAAUUUUUUCUGUAAUUUCUUGUAUUCAGUAAGUAAGUGGGGGUGUGAUUAUAUGUUAGGGAACUUGCAGCUGAAUUGCGAAGGACGCAGCUCAAACAAGUUUGAGGCUUUCUAUAAGGGCGUUUCAGUCUAGCUAAGGGCGCCUUUGGCAGCCACCUUAUGACUCAUGUCUGAGCACGAAGGACAGCUACCAGUGGGAGGGCCAACUGGGCGCUAAUCCCAACCCACCCUGCAGGGCCGGAUUAACGUUCCGCGGGGCCCGUGGCAUAUUAUCAGCGCGGGGCCCCUUGACCCCCCAACCUUCCAACGACACUGAAGUUAGUAAGAUUAAAAAAUACCCUCUUGUGUUUCAUGCGUUAAAAAGUUUCCUGUGUAUUUACAAACAAAAAUAAUUAUACAUCAAUAAUUUGAUCAAACUGAAUUUCAACCCAGUUUAUACCAUUAGCAUUAUUAUCACUUACAGGGAAAAAAUAACUAAACAUGCUAAAUAGCUAGAUUCUGCCGUAUUCCACAAAAUUCAGCAACCUUUUAGUAUUUAACAGUUUACUGCAAAUUUUGGUAUUUUCUGACCCCUAUAAUUUUGUUGGUCUCGCUCUUUGGAGCCCCUUGCCCAGAGAAGGAACAAAAAAAAUUGUUUGCGUCCCUGCUUUUGGAGCCUCGCUUUUUAAACUUUGGGGCCUCGUGUUUUUUAGUAUUUGGGGGCUUCGCUUUUAGGGGCCUUGGACUCUUUGGGGCCCCGCGCUGUUUGGAUCCUGCGCUGAAACAGGAAACAAAAAAACCGUUCCGGCCCGGCUAUUUGGGACUUCGAUUUUUAAAUUUUGGAGCCUGACGUUUUCUGAGAACCUUGGGCUCAGUUUGUGGCCCCGCGCUGAAACACUGAAACAAGGAAGAAAAAAAAACGUUUGGGCCCAGCUUGAUGGGGCCUCGCUUUUUAAAUUUUGGGGCCCUCGCGUUUUCUGGGGGACUUGGGCUCUUUAGGGCCCCGCACUGGCGCAGUGUUUGGGUCUCGCAAUGAAACAUGGAACAAAAAAAUUCGGAAAAAAUAGAAGAGAGUAAGCGCGGGGCCCCCAAAAGCGCGGGGCCCGUGGCAUAUGCCGCUUCUGCCAUACGGUUAAUCCGGCACUGCCACCCUGCCGUCAACAUUCCUUGUGGGAAGAAACCAGAGUACCCGGAGCAAACCCACACUUUCGGUAGGGCCCUGACUGACUCUUUUUAAAUGUAAGGCAUGUCACGAGUCAUGCAGCAGGAAGAGUCGAACCCAUGAUUACAGAGUUGAGAGCCGCUCACUCUAAGGAUUGCGCUGGCCCAAGCCAUACUAACUUAUGCUGUACGUAUUCACUUGCGAUCUUAUGUGUGCAACACGUUUAAGAAUGUGCGCAACAAAAUGUGUUAUUCUUAUUAGAAUGGUUUUUCAAAACAUAUAAUUACAUAGUUUGCUAUUGAUAUAAAAACUAGCUCUGUUUGAUGUAUGCAGCAAACUAUUAUACGCGUUUCAUGUUCACUGUAUAGGUUGCAUGUACGAAUUGAAAUCAGAAAAAAUGAUCCGGUGUUUGUGAUGCGAAAUACUUUAGGGGCGGACCAUUAGAAAAGUGAUGGGGGGGGGGAGGGGGGGGAGCGGAGGGAGGCGAAGCAAGAUAAAAAUCGAGCAGAGGAAUCAGAAAAAGUUGCACCAAAAAGGUUUGAAAAAAAAUUCAUGCAGAGACUUUUCAACAAGGAAAAUUAUGAAGUUGAAAUAAAAAAAAAAUCGUGCGAGGGAUUUGAUUUAAAAAAAAUUAUCGACAGAAGUAAAAAUUGAACCAAAAAAUUCGUACAAGUUGAAAAAGUCUCCCUCCCCCCAUCACUUUUCUAAUGGUCCGCUCCUUCCGUGCUCUUCCAAAGUCGCAACAAUUAUUCACGUUGCUCCACUAACAUGAAAAUCUUAGUUGAAUGACAACGUCGUUGAGGAUACCUCUGAGAUCACAAAUUAUUCAAACUUUUUGUUUCGCAUGAAACAAGGCUUUCUUUGACUUUGUUUCGAAAUCGUGUCUUUGAGUUUGCGUCGUGUUUUCUAAAUCAGUCUAUUAAUAGAAUCCACCGUCAUAUCAAUGUACCAAAUGUUGUCUACAAAAUGUUUGUAGUUCGCCACAGCUACUUUAAAAAAUGUCCUAAUGAGCUGCAAGUAGUGCUGCUUGAGUACAGCAAAACCCCACAUAUAAGAACCUAGAAUUUAAGAACCUGUUAGGCUAAAAUAUUUUAUUUAGAUCAAAUUUGUUAGAUUUAUUUCAAGGGUUAAAUAAGAAUCUGUUCAGGCUAUAAUUUCAAAACGAAUUCUUAUGUUAUCAAAUAGAGUCCAAAUUAAUCAUAAGUUGCAAUCAGCGUAGCUUUCAGUAUAUACAAUUACAUACAGCUAUUUCAAUUAAGGUUGACCCCGAGCAAAGCGGAAAAGACGAAUAUACGAGCGCGAAAGGCUGUAGGGAAUCGCUAAUAAAUUCAUUCCUUUAUUAGCGAUUCCCAGCAGCCUUUCCCGCUCGUAUUCAACUUUUCCGCUUUGCUCGGGGGACAACCUUAAUUGAAAUAGCUGUAUACUGUCAUUUUUAGAUCAUUUGUGCAUAAUUUAUAUAAAUCAUAUACCAUACUGUACCUCUCUACAAUGACUCGCUUUUCUCUUAAGAAAAUAAAAACCUAAUAUCCUGGUAAGACAAUUUACAUAAGAACCUGUUUUGGCUUACUUGGAAAAUCAUUAGGAUCUUAUAUGCGAGGUUUUACUGUUUGACUAAUUAACGGAACUGCAGACACGUUGAACUGUGGAACGUAAUUUAAUAAUAUCACAGUAUUCCGCUUCUUCUACAAACACAGAUGGCUCAACUACUGGCAGUAAUAAGUCUAAAAUAAUCAAAAUAAUAAACUUACUUUAAAAGUUUGCAUAAAUUAUUCGCAAGAAUGUGGAUAUGAAGUACUAUUGAAUCCUUCAGUGACAGAGAGCACUUUUGGACCCAAAUAACUUACUUAUUUUUUAAGAAAGUUACUUCUAGAUUUUUCCAGAAAAAAAUCACUAUUUGAUUAUUGCGCAAAUUGUAAUUUUGAUUACGUUUUACUUUAAACAAAUUUGUAAUUUUUCCUAUAUAUUCACUUUUGAGUGUUUACAGGAAGAGCAAAUCCAGUUGCUUCGAGCAAUGCCAUUGGCACUUAUUCAAAGUUGGACAAAUAUUCAUGCAACUGCAAGCUUAUCCUCAUUGUCCUCGUUAUACUCGUUUUAACAAACUUAAAGCCGCAUCUUUCGCUCUGUGCAACCAUCGGACCAUUGUCGAGGCUUUUUUGCCUAAAGUGAAUACCAUUUCGAACUUGUGAUAAAUAUCAAUUACCUUCAUUAGGCAUGCAUGAUAGGUUAGAUUCUAAUGGAUACUUAAAACUGUCAAAGUUCGAUAGGGAAACAUAAUAGGUGGUCAGAUCUGUUCGAAUAACUCAAGGGCAAGGUUUGAAUAUUCUUUAAUGAUCGACAGAGCGUAUAACCGACUCUCGUAGAAGACAGAGAGCUGGUAUAUCAAUUAGACUAUUGUUCAUAUAAUAUAUUUAGUACAUUUGAAUAUAAUUAGAUUGUUGUCCUUAUAUUAUUUUGUGAAAAUGACAUUUCUCCUGGGACAUUUUGAUUGGAUAUUAAAUAUAUUUUUUACUGCGCGUAGUGAGCAAACAGAUCAAGGUUUGUCUCAACUACAAGUACUUCGCUACUAUCCACCUUUGCAAGGUACAUAUGUUGGAAAAAUAAAAGCUGAGUGGGCAGUCUUAAUGAAGAACAAAACAUGUUAAAAUCAAACUGUACAUGAAGCAAAAACAUGGACAAAACACAAACAAAAACCCCAAAUUAUUAAAGAGCGAUUGUGUCAAGUUACGACAGCACCGUGCUGUUUUACAGCUCUUAAUUGCAGCGGCGUGAAAGCGUCGAUGAACCUUUUUAUUCGAAUGCUGCUAAUCUACAGGGUACGGAGACCUAUAGCCCUACAUUUCCAACAUGUAAGAAUGUCCACUGUGUUUCCCUUGACGUGCGUCAUGUUUACUUUGCCUGGAACUAAUUUUAAACUUUAUAAUUUAAUACACUAUUGGCAGUGCACAUUUUCGUAGAAAAUAAGAAACUUGUUUUGUAAUGAUUAUUUUUUGCAUCAUACACUGCCUAGAAAUUUAACCGUGAUUUGCAUUUUCCCGAACAGGGCUUAAAAUCGUGGUAGAGACACACCACCACACUUAAAUUCAGUGAAAGGGAAAAUUUUUGUACUCGAAAUUAAACUGAUUCUUUUUUUAAAUUAAGAAAGUUAGUUCUAGGCUUUUCUAGAAAAUAAUGACUACUAUUAUUGCGCAAAUUGUAAUUUUGAUUUUUUUUACUUUCAACAUAUUUGUAAUCUUUCCUAUAAAUAUUCGCCAGUUACUUCGAGGAUUGACACUUAUUCAAACUUGGACCAUCCGUCAACAGCAGGCGGCUUUAUCCUCAUUGUUCUCGUUAUGUUAUGCUCGUUCGAUCAAAUUAAAACCGCAUCUUUCGCUCUGUGUAACCCCAGACCAUUGCGGAGACUUUUUUUGCCACGAAACAAAUAAAGUAAAUACCAUUUCAAACAUGCGAAAAAUAUCACUUAGCUUUCCAUUAGGCAUGCAUGAUAGGUUAGGCUAAUGGAUACUUGAAACAGUCUAAGUUCGAAGGGAAACAUAGCAAGUGGUCAGAUUUGUUAGGAUAACUCAAGUGCAAGGAAUAAGCAUUCUUAAAUGAUCGACAGAGCAUAUAGUCGGCUCUUGUAAAAGAUAGAGAGCUGGUACGAGGACUUAAUGGUACAACUGCUCAAUGCUGAUUGGCUGGAUUGAAAUCACCUCAUUUUCAAGUUACAUGUACAAAGACCUCUUGGCCGUUAAUAUUUGCCAGAGUACAGCUUAUAUUUCCCUUCCUUAGACUGGGGGGGGGGGAUAAGAGGGCCUGACAGAAAUCUCUUUCUGGUCGCAUGUAAAAAUCCGGUUUCUCCUUGAUCAAUGUAUCACACAAAGAAAUUUUAAUCUGUCUUUUUUAUUUAAUGGUGCUAUAUAGAUUAAACUACUGUUCAAAAUAUUUAUAGUACUUUUGAGUAUGGUUAGAUUGUUGUUCUUGUUUUGUGCAAUUGAUAUUUCUCCUGGCAUUUUGAUUGAAUACAAAUUGACAUUUUGAUUGGAUACAAAUAUAAAUUUUACUGCGCGUGGAAAGCAACCAGAUUAAUUUUUAUGUCAGGCUCUAUUAGUGUAUUUGUAAAAUAAAACCACAUACUCUGACCCCCGUCAUUAUAAAGGAGGUACCCAGCUCAUUAUGAACUCUAAUCAGUGGAUGCAAAGUUGCCAAGCAGAAAUUCGACAACUGGACAAAACAACAACCGACGCAGAUAAUAGAUAUACAGAAGAGAACAUUGAAAAAAAACACUAUUAGAACUUUAAAAUAACUUUCAUUUGUAACGAUACAGUUCUCGUGCAAUAAAAUAAAAUAAAAUAGAAUAAAAUAAUAACCUCGUUAACAUAUCUGGGUUUGUGUGUUAUCUCUGUGUGUUUGUCUAUCUUAACACGAUAACUUAAAAGAUAUCGUAUCAAUACGAAAAUUUGUAAGUCUAAUGAAAAUAGGCCAAGGCCAAACAAAUUAAGUUUUGAUUCAAUUUGGAUAAAAAUUAAAUGAGAAAUUAGCAAAAGUUUGUCUUCUUCGCCAGGCAGAGAAAACCGCGAAUGUACAAUUUUGCCCAUUGGCACAAUGGACGACUUUCGCUUUAGACUAAACUUUAGUCUAAGUAAGAACAACGAAAUCUAUUACCACGGCUAGAAAGAGCGUCUUGGAAUUAGUAAUAUUACAAAGUUUGGUUGCGAAAUGUUGUAAAAUACGGAAAAUAUAGCCCUUCAAAGUUGGCAAAUUUGUACACUUUUGUAUUACGUGCGUGAAUUGGUAACUAAAUUAAUUACCAAUUUCCGCACGUAAUAGAAAUGUAUACAAAUUUGCCAACUUCGCAGGCCUAUAUUUUCCGUAUUUUAUAACAUUUCGCAACCAAACUUUGCAGUUUUUCUAAUUUUGAUAACUUCUUUCCGAAAAUAUCCUUUGUUAUUCCCAGAUUAAAAAUUUUUCUAAAGCGCAAGUCGUCCAUUACGCAGUCUUUGAAUGCCCUCCAGUUGUUGAAUAUAAAAAUACUGUUUUGAUUUAUUUAUUUAUAUUUAAUAUAGCAUAG